GGGUUGGAAAGAGACAAGCGCGAGGGAGAAAGAGAGAGAAGCAAGCCAAGGAGAGGCGGGUAGAGGGGGUUGGGGUGUUGUAUUUCCCGGCGAUUCCUCCUCCUCCUCCUGCUUUUAUCAGGGAAAGGAACUGAGCAUGGAAAACGAAAGAGACCCGGCAUCGUGAGAUUCUCCCCGGGAAAAGCAGAAACUGGCUAUGGCGAAUGCGUCCCUGCUGCUCCUGCUGCGCUCCUUGAACUCGAGCGCCAACUCCUCCGACGCCGACUGCGAGGAGGAAGACCCCUACAGGUGCACCUUCAACGAGGAGUUCAAGUACAUCCUCCUGCCCGUCUCCUACAGCCUCGUGUUCGUGGUGGGCCUCUGCCUCAACUUGCUGGCCCUUUACAUCUUCCUCUUCCGCAUCAAGACCUGGAAUGCCUCCACCACCUACAUGUUCAACCUGGCCGUGUCGGACACCUUGUACGUGAUCUCGCUGCCGCUCCUGGUCUACUACUACGCCAAGAGGAACCACUGGCCCUUCAGCGUGGGCUUGUGCAAGAUCGUGCGCUUCCUCUUCUAUACCAACCUCUACUGCAGCAUCCUCUUCUUGCUCUGCAUCAGCAUCCACCGCUUCAUGGGCAUCUGCUUCCCUCUGAAGUCCCUGGAGUGGGGACAAGUCCGCUACGCCCGCUGGGUCUCGGGCACCGUCUGGGCGGUCGUCAUCGCCUGCCAGUCGCCCGUGCUCUACUUUGUCACCACGAGCCCCCGGUGCGACAAGAUCACCUGCCACGACACGUCGGCGAAGGACCUCUUCGGGGACUUCAUCGUCUACAGCACCGUGAUGCUGGUCUUCCUCUUCUGCAUCCCAUUCCUGGUCAUCAUCGUCUGCUACUCCCUGAUGGCUCGCCGGCUGCUCCAGCCAACCCGCGGCACCACCCGAAUGUCCAGCUCCAAGAAGAAGUCGGUCAAGAUGAUCGCCGUCGUCCUGGCGGUCUUCAUCAUCUGCUUCUUGCCCUUCCACAUCACUCGGACCUUAUACUAUUACUUCCGCGACUGGGACCUCAGCUGCGCCACUCUCGACGCCAUCAACUUGGCGUACAAGCUCACCCGGCCCCUGGCUAGCACCAACAGCUGCCUGGACCCUAUCUUGUACUUUUUGGCAGGGCAGAAGUUUGUGAAAUUUGCCUGCCCCAAAACGCCGGCGCCGGGCGAGAACCAGACGACCUCGAACACCACCGUCAAUUGCCGCCUGCGGGCCAGAGACCAGUUAGCGAUGAAAGCAAAACGCAUUGUGUCUUAGGCACUUGACAUUUUUGCCUUCGCCCGUCUGCAAAGUAUUACUUACCUGUCUGUGUCGGUUGGAAAAAGUCCCAUGUUGCAGGGAGAAGGGUUUUGUUCUCGACCUGUGAGACGCCGGAAGUGUAUUUUCAACCUGCAUCUGCAAGAAACGGUUCGAAAAGUGAUGGACACGUCACUUUUUUCUUUCCCCAACACUUGUUGUUGUUUUGGGAGCUAGGUACUAUAUUAAGCGUGUUGUCUAAUCUGACAACGGCACAAUAGACACUGGGUUGUGUGAAUAGGGAAUCCUACAUAAGGUGUGUAGUGAGAGGCAAUGUAGCAUAAUGGACGAAGGAUUGGGUCUAGACCCACUGAAUACAAACAGUGUAUCACAUGGGGAAAUUGUUUCUAGACUGCACCACUUCAGUUUGCAUUGGCGGGGGUGUGUGUGGAGUGGGGGUCACAAGUCUGAAUGCUAAAACAUUACUCUUCCACAACCAACGGAACCUACAGAACUGCUACAUACAGAGUCAGACCACUGGUCUAUCUAACCCAGUAUCAGUAAGUUUUACUGGGGCUGGAUCGACAUUGAUCUGCUAAACCCUUUUUA